CCACGGCAAGAAUGAAUGCAAUGGAUGUAAGGCGUGAUAUCUCCAUCGCAGUUGAUGCUGUGGUGUCAAAUCUCCAGAGCAGGGUUUUUGCAAAUGGAGAGAGCGAAAUCGGUGAACUGAUCGCAAGGGCUAUAAAGAGGGUCGGCAAAGAAGGUAUUGGUCAAACCAUAGCUCUUUCGCGGAAUGAAAAGAUAUUGAUUAACGAGUUGGAAAUUGUAGAGUGGAUGAAAUUGGACAGAGGUUACACAUCCCAUACUUUACCGCCAAUAAAAAAAAACCAAAGACGUGAAUUGGAUGAGCCUCUCACUCUUAUCCACGAGAAGAAGAUCUCCAUUGUGAAAGUUUUGGAGUUGGCUCUGAAGAGACGAAGACCGCUAUUGAUUAUAUAUAAAGAUGUGGAAAGUGAAGCUCUUGUAACUCUUAUCAUUAACAAGCUACGUGCCACAAUCAAGGUUUGUGCCAUCAAAGCCCAUGGGUUUGGAGAGCAUAAGAAGGAAAUUUUGCAUGACCUUGCUGCCCUUACUGGUGGAGAGUUUAUCACAAAUGAGCUUGGCAUAAACCCUGGAAAAGGUGGACCAUGGUACUUAUUGGUUACAAUCUCCAAGUACAACACCGCUAUUCUUGAUGGGUCCUGGCGAUUAGAAAGCCAU